GUUUUUUUCAAAACAAAAACUCAUCAUAAAAAUUAUUAUUAAGUUUUCGCUAUGAAAGGCAAAACUCUUAGCUCUCAAUCACAGGGCUUGGUACUAUCCUUGCUGAAUUAUUUUCAACAAGAAAAGGAUAAUGGAGGGCCUCUAUUACCAUUGUUAGCUGUCCAAGAGAGGGUGGCUCAGGCACUAAUUAUCAGUUUGUCCACUAUUACCAGAAUACAGCGCCGUUUAUCAUCUAAUGAUAAUGUCCUAAGAUCACCUGGAAAGAAGAGACCCAGAAAAAAGUCUAAGACAACAGAUUUAUCUGAUGCAGUCAGGCAUAAUAUACGAGAUACAGUGUAUCAAAUGUAUAGUGAAAAGAAACAUGUCACAAUAGCAAAUUUGAAUAAAACGCUUAAAGAGAAAGAGCUUGCUUCUAUCAGCAAUAGCUCUUUACAAAGAGUGCUGCCCACCAUAGGCUUUAAAUAUAAAAAAGAUGGUAAUAGAAGAUUUCUAGUUGAGCAAUCCAGUAUUGCUUUACUUCGCACCAAAUUUUUGAGAAGUUAUAAUGACUAUGUGAACACUUCCUCGUAUCAAAUUGUUUUCAUGGAUGAAGCAUGGAAAUUUUCAAAAGGCAGUCCAAAAAAGUCUUGGCAAGAUGAGUCAAUAAAAAGUGUAAGGAGACCAUUGGGCUUUCAAGGAAAGCGAUUUAUUGUUGUCCAUGCAGGGAGCGAAAAAGGAUUUGUUGAUGGAGCAAGUCUGUUAUUUUCCUCACAGUCUAAAUCUGCAGAUUACCAUGGUGAUAUGAACGGCGAGACAUUCAUUAAGUGGUUAAAAGAAAAACUCCUCUGCAACUUGGAAGAGCCAUCAGUGAUAAUUAUGGAUAAUGCAUCCUAUCAUAGCAUUUUAUUGGAAAAGACUCCAAACACAAGUUCUCCAAAAAAAGAGAUAAUUGACUGGCUGGUUAAAAAUGAAAUUGUGUUCCAACCAACAUUAACUAAAGUGGAGUUAUUGAAUAUAGUGAAAAGAAAUCGUAAGGAAAAGAAGUAUUUAAUAGAUCAAAUCAUAAGAAGUUAUGGACAUGAAGUUCUUCGUACCCCCCCAUACCAGUGUGAAUUUAAUGCCAUCGAGUUAACAUGGGCCAAUGCUAAGCAGUAUUAUGAUAGACAUAUUGGAAGAUGUGGUCAUAGUGAUGAAAAUGUUUUAGCUAUGUGGAAUGAAGCUCUGUCACAAAUUACACCAGAGGUUUGGAAAAAAUGUGUGAAGCAUACCCAUGAUGUAAUUUUAGAGUGGUACAACAAAACUAUUACUCGUGAAAUAGAACCACUGAUAAUCUCAUUUGAUUCAGAUAGCGAUACUGAAUCUAACAGUAGCGACUAA